AAUCCACUCGUCCUCGAGACACCAAAGCCUUUGUUCUUGCCGCCUGCAAAAGCACUUGAGUUUGGGAACACUUGACGUUCAAAGAAAGGGACCACCCAUUGGCACGUAGCCGUUAGUCUCGCCGCAAACGUCAGCCACAAUGGGUUCAACACAGUUUGGCAACUUUUUUAACUUCUGUCGAGACUCAACACUACCCAUCUGUAAUGUGCUAUCCGACAGCCAUAGUCAAUCCGGCCCAUGGGACCAAUGCGUGUUAAAGGGUAUCUCCCUCAGCGGAGGCCGCAAGUUGGGAAAUCUCGGCUCAAUUCUCAUUGCCGCCCUUGCCAUCGUCGUGACACUUUUUCUAUUGCUGCGGUCUGAGCGCAAGAAGGCUGCAGUUGGUCGGAGAGAAAUGCAACUGUUCCUCAUCAGCUUCAUCAUCAUUGAAAUAUGCGAGAUCUUUACCGUAGGAGACUUUCCAUUGGCGGAAAACGUUCGAAUUGCUUUCACCGGAAUCCAUCUUGGUAUGAUUAUUGCAUCUACCUGGAUCCUAAUGCUUAAUGCGGUCGUUGGCUAUCAAAUCGUCGACGAUGGAACGCCCAUGUCCAUGGGACUGAUCAUUGCCUCCGCCACCAUCCUCUUGGGCGGUACACUCUACAUCACGCUCGACACCGGCUUCAAGUGGACGGGUUACUGGAACUCUUCGUACGACGCGCCAAACCGCCACAUUCCUCUCUACGUCUUGUACCAGCUUGCGCCGCUCAUUUUCCUCGUCGCAUUUUUCGUUCUCGAAGCUAUCCUCGUCGUUCGGGUUUUGGGCGAGAUGCGGCCCAUGAUCUACUUGACGACAGCCUUGCUACUUUUUGCCAUUGGUCAGAUCUUCAACUACGUCGUGAGCUCUCACAUCUGCAAUGGCACAAAUGGCGCGAUUGACGGCGCGCUAUUCGAGACUUUGUUCACCCUGCUUGCUGUCGUGGCAGUCUGGGUGUUCUGGUCUAGCAUCACCGAGGAUGACUGGCCCAUGCCUGUUGGAAACACCUUCCCCUAGAAAAGAGGCCACUCUGCCAAAGGGGAAAACGAUAUGAUGAGACCGUACGCAAACAACUUGUCGAGCACUUGGACAACGAAGUCUGCGCGGCAGUGUGGCUGCUGCUUACUUACGAGGCAGUGAUGGGCAGGUAGCAUGUCUGGGGUCAUCAGUCAUGCCGUGGCAACGAGUCCGCUUAAUCUCGACGGCGCACCGUACCAAGGGGCAUACUUGGCUGUGUCUUUCCGUUGUGAUGAUACGGUCGCCAGCCGCCUCUCACUAGGCCAUACGGCGACGAACCGAUGACGAUUCGAGAAGUUGAGCUAAGUGGCAUGGAGCCCACGAAGACGCACAAUAUGGCCGCGCCCGUAAUUGGAUCCGGAGACAACCAUGUCUGCUCUGGAUAUUUUCUUUACACUCUUUAGCACCGGCCGACCCUAAUGGUCGAACGACGUG